AUGCCGUUGAUCGACUAUUCAUAUCCAAACGAUAGCUACAAGCAAGGAUCGGUAACCCCAAAGCAGGCCUUUGGGAAGCCAUGCUUUGAUCUCUACGUUGAGGAGGACGACACAGACUCUCGGUCUGCUGGUGACUCUACUGGAGAGGCGAACGUGUGUUCUGCGGGCAGAACCACACACCCUACGGAAUGCGGUCGAGAUGCAGGCAGCAAGUCGCCGGUAAGUGACUUAGAGGUUAUCUCGCCUCCCGAAGACUCCAUAUUAGAUGUCAAUGGCCUGAUCGAAAGCAUCAAGACCGAAAUAGUUGGGACAGUCAAGGCUGAAUUGGCCGCCCUUCAGGAAGUUUUUUCAGGGAUCUCCUCGGCAAUCGUCAACAUGCAAGGGGAACUCUCCAUGAUUAGAAAAGAGCAAGCUGACCUUGCACACACGCAUACGCCUAUUAGUACGGUGCAAUCAGAUUCCCGUAUAUCUGCGCUGGAGGACAAGUGUAAGGAACAGGAAGCGCGCCUCAAGUCAGUAGAGCAUAUGCAACACAUGUACACUGAACCGACCCCACUCAAAAAGGCUGGCGAUACCGUAUCCAAGCCGGGUGCACGUGGGCUGCAAAUGCAGCAAGCCAACCAAGGGCGCCUCAAGUCAGUAGAGCAUGUACAACACACUGCACCGACCCCAUUCAAAAAGGCGGGCGAUACCGUAUCCAAGCCGGGUGCACAUGGGCUGCAAAUGCAGCAAGCCAACCACAUGGAUACCACUACAAGUUGUAGCACUUGCAGAUCCACGACCCAGCAGCGCGUAUGGGCAUCAGUGCUCAAUAGCUCCAGUGACAACGGAGCACUUCGGCCCUCCUCCAAGCCAUCGGUCACUGCGCAGCCACCUCUCCCACAGGAGCACCGCCAGCAAACUAACCAGCACCAACGACCCCAACAGCGACAACAACAACAACAACAACAACAACAACAACAGCGCCAGAAGCAGCAGCAGCAGCAACAACAGCACCACCAACACCACCAACACCAGCAACACGACGAACAAUGGACUACAGUUACCAGCCGCAAACUGAGAGGUUCUCUUGGCUCCCUGCGGAAAGUAUACUUUGUUGGCAAUAUUGAUGGCAGUUGCGACGCAGACUCCAUAACGUCCCACUGUGUCCAGAAUGGCAUCACACCCACAGCUUGCCGCACCUUUCCUUCUCGCAAGCAUGUAGGCACAAAAGCUGCAAGGCUUACAGUCCGUGAAGACCAAUGUGCAGCCAUCGAGGCAGAUGGGUUUUGGCCAGCGCCCAUUCAGGUUCGGCCAUGGGACUUCAGCGAGGCAAAUAGGCCCACAGCCACCAACUAA